CCUCAGAGAGCUGUGGCCGGGUCAGGUUGGAGGGACAUUGUUCCCUCCUUUGUCUAGAAGAUUCUCUGUUCCUUCCGGUGCAGGAGUUGAGCCCAGUGAGCGUCUGUUGUGCUCACUUUGGGUUUUGUUGUGAUAAAAAUAGGCAUCAGCCACCAAGUUCCACUGGGCAGUCUUGUGCACAGCUCCGUGGUUCUGAGUGUGGGGAUUCGCACCGUGAAUAUCGCCCCCACAGAUUCGCAGAGCCGCAGAGUCCCGGCAAACUGCUUUCCUCCCCUGCAGUCCCCUGGAAGGGUCUGAGUUACUGCUCUCGAGGGAUCCACCUGUCCCAGGUACUCGCGGGCGGGCUCGGCCAGGAGCUGCUCUUCUGUACCGGGCUGAUUUCACACAGCGCGCGCCUUCUAGGUUUUUCCACGUGGGGCCGUGUGCCGGCACAGGCUGAAGACUUCCUCCGCAGGCAGGCCGUAGUCCGUAUUUCUCUGUUCCCCCAUUGGCGACCACGUGGCUGCUCCCGCCCUUGGCUUCUGUGGCUCACGCUGCCGUGAACUUGGCCAUGCCAGCGUCUCUGUGGGCCUCCACUUUGGGUGCUUUGUGGGCUGAAACCUAGAAAUGGAGUCACUCAGCUGUGCCGGUGGGUUCCCUGAAGGCUGGCUGAUGUCAGAACAGGGAGCCCCCUGGGCUCGACCCCCGCUCCUGGGAGUCACACCUUCGCAGGCAUCCUGAGAACCAGCCACACUACCCCGCCCCCCAGGAAGGGGAAGCCAGAGUGACAAGGUUCGGGUCCAGGUGCGCAGUGCCGGUGACAAUGCCACGCUCCUUCUUGGUGAAGAGCAAGAAGGCUCACUCCUACCACGAGCCCCGCUCCCAGGACGACCCCGUCUGGCCUCCUGCUCCCAGCCCAGUGGCCAAGGACCAAAUCCCGAGUAGCAGCCCUGCCCUCAGCUCCUUCUUCCCAAACCAGGGCCCGGACUGGGCCAGCCACAAGCGGGAGGCGGAGCCACAGCCGGACCAGGGCUUGUCCAGGGUGGCCUCGGCCCCAGAGGGCCCCCUGGUGAUGUCCCGAGCCCAGGAUGGGGGCUCUCCACUCUCCGACUCGCCACCGUUCUACAAGCCCAGCCUCUCUUGGGACACGCUGGCCUCGACCUACGGCCAUGGCUACCGGCAGGCCCCCUCCACCGUGCAGGCCGCCUUCCUGGAGCGCUCCGUCAGCCUGUACGGCAGCCCCCUGGUGCCCAGCACCACCGAGCCAGCCCUGGACUUCAGCCUGCACUACUCCCCAAGCAUGGACACCUAUCACUGUGUCAAGUGCAACAAGGUCUUCUCCACGCCACACGGGCUCGAAGUGCACGUCCGCCGCUCGCACAGCGGGACCCGGCCCUUCGCCUGUGACAUCUGCGGCAAAACCUUCGGCCACGCCGUGAGCCUGGAGCAGCACACACACGUCCACUCCCAGGGCAUCCCGGCCGGGCCCAGCCCCGCGCCCAGCGUGGGGCUCCCGGGCCUCGAGGCCCCGCCUGCGCCUGAGCCCCCGGGGCCUCGUUUCCUCCGGCAGGAGCGCACCUUCGAGUGCCGGAUGUGCGGCAAAGCCUUCAAGCGCUCGUCCACGCUGUCCACGCACCUGCUCAUCCACUCGGACACGCGGCCCUACCCCUGCCAGUUCUGUGGCAAGCGCUUCCACCAGAAGUCAGACAUGAAGAAGCACACCUACAUACACACAGGUGAGAAGCCGCACAAGUGCCAGGUGUGUGGCAAGGCCUUCAGCCAGAGCUCCAACCUCAUCACCCACAGCCGCAAGCACACGGGCUUCAAGCCGUUCAGCUGCGAGCUGUGCGCCAAGGGCUUCCAGCGCAAGGUGGACUUGCGGCGGCACCGCGAGAGCCAGCACAACCUCAAGUGAGGGCCGGCACCCCCAUCGCCCGCCUGCCAGAGGGGCACCGGACAGGAGCCUCUGGACUUGGCCUUAGCGCUCACGGAAUGGCUGUGUGACCUCAGACGAGCCACUCCCUGUCUCUGGACCAGCGUCUCUCCUGCUGCAAAGUGCGCGCGCCCUGGGCCUGGGCUCUCUGACCUGGAGUCGCUCUUGGGCGUGCGCAGGCUCCUCCCCCAGCAGGGCAGAGAAAGCUAGAACGCGCCAGGCACCUCCAUGCAAGGAAGCCAAGAACAGAGCAGGGAACCCCUCCUGCUGCCGCCCACGGCGCUGGGGUCUGGCCACCGUGGCCACCUUCCUGGCUGCCACAGAAGGCGCAGUGCUGCCUCCCGCCCCAGUGGGAGGGCUGUGUCCUGCUGCCCAGCUCCGAGUGGCACUGCACUGCCCAUCAGAACCCGGUUCCGCGGCCAGGGAGAAGCCAGCAGGCACUGCUGCCCGAAGCCUGCUCCUCUCACCUGCUGUAAAUGACAAUAAAGACGCACACAUGUGA